AUGGACUGCAACGCCUCACAGAAGAUCUUCACAGAAGACUUUCCAGAAAAGUCUGUAGGCAAGGACUUCCAUCCUUUUAGCCAGAACGCCAUCUCCUUCCUCCUCUAUGAACACCUUGAAUGGCACGUCUACAGGUCUGCAGCCCAACGGGAAUUCACUGUUGUUUCCGUGGUAGUGAUGCUCAGAAACGGAGGUGUGAGUGUGAACGUGUGGGGGAGCUCGCCUCUGCGGGGGGCCUCCGGGAGCGGUGUGGGCCCGGUGUGCAGUCUCCCAUGCCCGCAACUCGCACCUAGGGAAAGCGCUCUCAGCACGGGGCCGGCGCACGGCUGGAAUGGCCACUCAAUGCUGGCCAGUUCUCACAAGCUUUCUGCCCAAAUCCAUGUCGAUUUGGGUGGAAAGCUCGUGAGAAUUGGCCGGAAAGCCCCCAGCGAACUCGCUUCUGGCAGUGGGGGGCUUCGGGGGAGCCUUCUGUCCCUGCCCCAGGGUCCCGGGUGGUGUCGCCCAAAGCCUACGACCUCCAGGUUCAAGGCCCUCAGCUCAGCCUUGGGCACCUUCCUCCCUGAUGUAUGCUCAGAGCUGCCCCUCGAUCCAGGGGCUUCAGUGACCAUCUCCGUGGACAAGGUGGGGACAGGCUGGUUGAGGCGUGUGGAGUUGGUCUCCACACCUGAACUCUGGGUGGGUCUGUGGGGAGAAGCUCCAGCCCAGACCCAGGCAGGUGUGAAGGGGUCAUGGAAGCCAGGCGUGUGUGUGAGAUCGCCCAAGGAGAGGUGUAAAAGUCCUCUGGGGCCCGCUCUGGCGCACCUUGAGGUGAUGACCAUUCAGAGUGGGGACAAAGAAGGUGAAGACAUGCUCCAGAAGUGGGAGAGACAAGCUUUGGGAAGGAGGCACCCGUCCAUCAAGUUCAAGGGAUAUGCCUGUGGCUGUGGAGGUGAGGGGGAGCUAGAAACUGUGCAGAGGAGGACCCUGAGGGCUGCCUGUCAGGAGGGGUGCAGCACGAGCUCCCGCAUGGCUGCGGCUGGGCCAGCCACUGUGGCUGCUUCCAGGAAGGAGUCUCCGGGCAGAUGGGGCCUGGGAGACCAGCCAGCAGGCGUGGGUCCGUCGCUGCAGUGUCGUGUGUGUGGAGACAGCAGCAGCGGGAAGCACUACGGCAUCUAUGCCUGCAACGGUUGCAGCGGCUUCUUCAAGCGGAGUGUGCGGCGGAGGCUCAUCUACCGGUGCCAGGUGGGGGCAGGGAUGUGCCCGGUGGACAAGGCCCACAGGAACCAGUGCCAGGCCUGCCGGCUGAAGAAGUGCUUGCAGGAGGGCAUGAACCAGGACGCUGUGCAGAAUGAACGCCAGCCACGAAGCACGGCCCAGGUCCGCCUGGCCGGCAUGGAGUCAGACGCGGAGCCCCGGCUGGAGCCCCUGGUGCGCCUCCUGGCCCCGGCAGGGCCCAGCCCGCGGGACCCCACGCCUGUUUCUGCAGCCAGAGCCCUGGGCCCUGGGGCCCUCACCCCGCCCGGGCACCACCACUUCUUGACCAGCCUUAUCACAGCUGAAACAUGUGCUAAGCUGGAGCCAGAGGACGCCGAUGAGAAUAUUGAUGUCACCAGCAACGAUCCCGAGUUUCCCUCGUCCCCAUACUCCUCCUCAUCACCCUGUGGCCUGGACAGCAUCCAUGAGACAUCGGCUCGCCUUCUCUUUAUGGCUGUCAAGUGGGCCAAGAACCUGCCUGUGUUCUCCAACCUGCCCUUCCGCGAUCAGGUGAUUCUGCUGGAGGAGGCAUGGAGUGAACUCUUCCUUCUCGGGGCCAUACAGUGGUCUCUGCCUCUGGACAGCUGCCCUCUGCUGGCUCCGCCGCAGGCCCCCACGGCCGGCAGCUCCCAGGGCCGGCUGGCACUGGUCGGCGCUGAGAGUCGCAUCCUGCAGGAGACAAUCUCAAGGUUCCGAGCGCUGGCGGUGGACCCCACAGAGUUCGCCUGCAUGAAGGCCCUGGUCCUCUUCAAACCAGAAACUCGGGGCCUGAAGGAUCCUGAGCACGUGGAGGCCUUGCAGGACCAGUCCCAAGUGAUGCUGAGUCAGCACAGCAAGGCGCACCACCCCAGCCAGCCCGUGAGGUUUGGGAAGUUGCUCCUGCUUCUCCCGUCUUUGAGGUUUAUCACUUCUGAACGAGUUGAGCUCCUCUUUUUCCGCAAGACCAUAGGGAAUACUCCAAUGGAAAAGCUCCUUUGUGAUAUGUUCAAAAACUGA